AAUUGAAUCAAUAUUAUAAUGCUCACACCAAAAAUGAUUGCUAUCGCCUUCGUGUUAUUUUUAUCACUCGCAAUGGCUGCUGUAAGAGAUCAGGUGGACUAUGCUAAAAUUAUCAGCCCUAUUGCACAUUGUCAGGUUUUGGAAAACGGUGAAGAUAUUUAUGGAUCAGUGUCUAUCCUUCAAGACUCAUUAUACACCUCAGUAGUUAAUGUCAAGCUUAAUCAUAUUGAUCCAGGACAUUACGUCUUGAUGUUCCAUCAAAAUGAGAUUGAAGACAGCAACUGAGGAAGUGGAGAUGAUAUCUCUCUAUUUGGAGAAGAUCAAACUGAAUUAGGUAUCCAAGUUGUAGUCCCUUCCCCUGAAAACGAGUCCCAAACCAGCAGUCAUGUUAACAUUAUUUCUGAGUCCAACCUGAUCUUCCUCUAUGGAGAGGAUAGGGUUAUCGACAAGUCUAUGAUCCUUCACAGAAUUAACGAAGAAGGCGAAAGAGAAAAUAGCGGAAUCGCUUGCUGCACUGUCAGGUUUAUCUAAAUUCUU